CCUGAUUGCAUCGUUUUCCCAUCGCUCCAUCUGUAUGAGGGAUGAGAUUUUACUGGCCACGGGUCUCCACGUCCACAGGAACAGUGCCCACAGCGCAGGUGUUGGAGCCAUCUUUGACAGGACGGAACGAGGUGAAGACGUCUCCAGAGGCGUGCCUUUUUGUCUGCUGCCUCGCAGAAGGUACAGUCGGGCUCCCCUUCGCGGCUGACUUUCUCUGAGAGGAACUAACACCCCCACAAGCUACAGCUACAGCUCAGCCAGGCCGGUGAAACUACUGCAACACUAUGGAUAUUCGAGACUGUGCCUUCCGGAAGAAACGGAGACCGUGGCGCAUGGACUUCUCCUCCUUCGCCCUGGUUACGGUGGCGCUCACCUUGUGCCAAACGACCGUGGCUCGAGCAGAUCCAGUUGAUGUGCUGCGGGCUCUGCAGGUUCCCUCUCUCCCCGAGGGUGUGAAGAAAGUCCCUGGCUUCUGCACAUCCCGUCGCUCCAGCAGCCCUGAUCAUGCUUACCGCAUCACCAAGAAGGCCCAGAUCUCUGCCCCCACCAAGCAGCUCUUCUCAGGGCGUUUCCCAGAGAACUUCUCCAUCAUGGCUCUGAUAAAGGCCCAGGCUGGUCUCCAAGCUUUCCUCCUCUCUAUCUACAGUGAGCAGGGCAUUCAGCAACUGGGCAUUGAAAUGGGACGCUCGCCUGUUUUUCUGUACGAAGACCAGAAUGGAAAGCCAGCUCCUGAGGACUACCCGCUUUUCAAAGGCAUCAACCUGGCUGAUGGCAAGUGGCAUCGCAUUGCCUUCUCUGUUUCCAAGAAAAACGUGACUCUGCUGUUGGACUGCAAGAAGAAGAUGACCCGUCCUCUUCCCCGGGGCAACAAUGCUGUGAUUGACACCAAUGGCAUCACUGUGUUUGGAGCUCGUCUGCUUGAUGAGGAGGUUUUCCAGGGAGACAUCCAGCAGCUGUUAAUUGCCUCCAACCCUCAGGCGGCCUAUGACUUCUGUGAACACUACAGUCCUGACUGUGACUCCCCUCUUCCCAAGACCCAGGCUCAGGACCCAAACACAUACGAUGACCAUGAAUAUCCAUAUUAUUAUGAGGAAACCACAGGCCUUCCCUCCUCAUCUUCAUCCCCCUCUCCCCAACCUGGGGACCACAAGCAGCAGAAGAAGGCACCCAGUGGGAAAGCAGCUCCCACUAAAUCAACUAAACCCACUCCAGCUAAGUCAGCCAAGUCUGGACCUUACAAACUGGUCGUCAAGCCACCCAUGCCCACCAAAGCUAUCAAGUCCUCUACAGCUAAGCCAUCCAAAGCUAAACCCACUGCUGCAGGCAUCUUCUUGUCAAAGAUCAAACCAACAACAGCAACUAAAGCCAAAACCACAGCUGUCCCAGUUAAGAAUGGCAAUGGUAAAACAGCUUCUCCAAAGAAACCCAGUGGUGCAUCUAAAGGUAAUGGCAAUGCCAAAACUGAGGCCAAAAAUGGGAAGCUUGUAGGUGAAACAAAAGUUAAUGGAAAAGCCUCUGCUGAGAAGAAAACCAAUGGAAAUGGAAAAGCUACGGUUGGGUCUAAGGUGAAUGGAAAUGGCGGAGGUAAAACUACAACAAAGAAAGCCAAUGGAAAUGGCAAAUCUACCACUGAAGUCAAUGGCAAAGCUGAAAAUAAAGUCAAUGGUGCAGCAAAAGCAAAUGGGAACAACAAAGUUUCUUCAGAAGCCAAAAAGAAAGAUGUUAGCAAAGUGGCUGGAAAUAAGGCAAAAAGUGAAACCACUACAAAAACGAACACUGUAGAUAGCACGGCCAAGUCAGCUGUUAAUGUAGUCGCUACUAAAGCACCGAAACCCACAAAAAUAACAAAACCAGAACCUACAAAGGUUUCUGUCACCAAAUCUCCAAAAGCAAACAUCGAAGAAAAAGCAGAGCUGAAAGAGAAGACAAUAGCUAAAAGUGUGUUCAACAAAGUCCCUCCGAUCAAACCAACAACCAAAAAGUUUUCUGUCCCAACAAAAGAAGCUCCAACACGUGCCCCUGUUCGACCUACGCUGCUCAGACCCACAAAGUUCAAGGACAUGGACAACAACGUUAAGUCCCACCACAGACCUUUCCCACCGUUUGGUGAGACUGCACUGCGGGGAGCUUCGGUCCCAGCUAAGAGAACCGACAUUCCCCAACAGGAUGUAGACACAGAAUAUUCUGAGGCUGGCCACACCCCUACAGAGACUGAUUAUUACUAUGAAGAGAUGGUCCCACAGCCAGACGGUGAGGUGGUUGGACAAGAAGAAAUACCUGUACAGCCCCAGGUCGAACCAGCCUUGGUGGGAGAGGAGGUAGAUGCCACCAAAGCGGGCGAUGUUGGUGAAGAAGUCUUCACUGAGGAGUAUGUGACUGGAGAUGUGGGCCUUAAGGAAUACGACUAUGCCUACAGAGACUACAAUGAGCCCUUACCAGAGACCGGAGAGGUCGAUGCCUACAUGGGGCCCGCCUUGUCCGCUGUGACGGAUGAGGGAGGCGCCGCCUUUAGAGGCCAGAAAGGAGAAAAGGGAGAACCUGCUGUUUUGGAGCCUGGCAUGUUAAUAGAAGGUCCCCCAGGGCCUGAAGGGCCUGCAGGACCGUCUGGACCUCCUGGAUCAUCUGGACCUCCUGGUUCUGUGGGAGAUCCUGGAGAGAGGGGUCCUCCUGGUAAAGCUGGUCUGCCUGGGGCUGAUGGAGUCCCUGGACCUCCUGGAACCUCAGUCAUGCUUCCUUUCCGUUUUGGGCAGGGUGGCGGCGAUAAGGGUCCCGUUGUCUCUGCACAGGAGGCCCAGGCAGCCGCCAUCUUGUCUCAGGCUAGGAUGGCACUGAAAGGACCUCCUGGACCAAUGGGAUUCACCGGGCGCCCUGGACCUGUGGGAAGUCCAGGAAGCUCUGGGCUGAAGGGAGAAAGUGGAGAUCCUGGUCCUCAGGGCCCCAGAGGAUCACAGGGGUUGCUGGGUCCUCCGGGUAAAUCAGGAAGAAGAGGUCGCGCUGGUGCUGAUGGGCCUCGGGGAAUGCCCGGAGAGCCCGGAUCUAAAGGCGAUCGUGGCUUUGAUGGUCUUCCUGGUUUGCCUGGUGACAAAGGACACAGGGGUGACCCGGGACCAAUGGGACCACCAGGAUCUCAAGGAGAAGAUGGAGAGAGGGGAGACGAUGGAGACGUCGGACCCAGGGGUCUCCCAGGUGAACCCGGACCCCGUGGUCUGCUCGGGCCUAAAGGUCCUCCAGGAAUCUCUGGACCUCCUGGUGUACGAGGAAAUGAUGGCCCUCAUGGUCCCAAAGGAAAUUUGGGUCCUCAAGGUGAGCCCGGACCUCCAGGCCAGCAGGGAACUCCAGGAACUCAGGGAAUGCCAGGACCUCAGGGAGCUAUUGGACCUCCAGGAGAGAAAGGUCCCACUGGAAAACCGGGUUUACCAGGAAUGCCUGGAGCGGACGGCCCUCCUGGUCACCCAGGAAAGGAGGGUCCAUCAGGCACUAAAGGAAACCAGGGUCCCAACGGUCCUCAAGGAGCCAUCGGCUAUCCUGGCCCUCGUGGCAUCAAGGGAGUGCAAGGAAUCCGCGGUCUAAAGGGUCACAAAGGAGAGAAGGGAGAAGAUGGCUUCCCAGGAAUUAAGGGAGAUUUUGGCAUCAAGGGAGAGAGGGGUGAGAUUGGAGUUUCAGGGCCCAGAGGAGAAGAUGGCCCAGAGGGACCAAAGGGUCGUGUUGGACCUCCUGGAGAACUCGGACCAAUUGGGCUUGCUGGAGAGAAGGGUAAACUUGGUGUACCUGGACUUCCUGGAUACCCUGGAAGACAAGGACCCAAGGGAUCUCUUGGAUUCCCUGGAUUUCCUGGUUCUAAUGGAGAGAAGGGAACGCGGGGUGUUUCUGGAAAACAAGGACCAAGAGGACAAAGAGGACCAACGGGUCCUCGAGGGCAGAGAGGACCGAGGGGAUCAACAGGAAAACUAGGAGCAAAGGGAACGUCUGGAAGUGACGGCCCUCCUGGUCCUCCUGGAGAGAGGGGAUUACCCGGACCUCAAGGAGCCAACGGCUUCCCCGGACCAAAGGGACCUCCAGGACCACCAGGAAAGGACGGACUGCCUGGACAUCCUGGACAGAGAGGAGAAGUCGGGUUCCAAGGUAAAGUGGGUCCACCUGGGCCUCCUGGAGUUGUAGGACCUCAGGGUCCAUCAGGUGAAACGGGCCCCAUGGGUGAGCGUGGGCACCCUGGACCUCCAGGUCCUCCAGGAGAGCAGGGACUUUCUGGUCCGUCAGGAAAAGAGGGCACCAAGGGAGACCCCGGACCUCCAGGAGGCCCUGGUAAAGAUGGGCCUCCUGGUCUGAGAGGAUUCCCUGGAGAGAGAGGACUUCCUGGAACCCCUGGUGGUGGAGGACUGAAGGGAAGCGAAGGACCUGCUGGACCUCCGGGACCUGCUGGUUCUCCUGGUGAGAGAGGUUCUGCUGGAACCGCUGGACCUGUGGGACCUCCUGGCAGACCAGGUCCUCAAGGACCACCAGGACAAGCUGGAGAGAAGGGCGUUCCAGGCGAGAAAGGCCCCAUUGGCCCAGCAGGGCGGGAUGGAGUCCAGGGUCCAGUGGGUCUGCCCGGCCCUGCUGGAUCACCCGGAGUACCUGGAGAGGAUGGAGAUAAGGGUGAAGUUGGAGAACACGGUCAGAAGGGAGCCAAGGGGGGGAAAGGAGAGCAUGGUCCUCCUGGUCCACCUGGCCCAAACGGUCCAGUUGGCCAACCCGGUCCUGCUGGGGCAGAUGGAGAGCUGGGACCAAGGGGGCAGCAGGGACCUUUUGGAGCUAAAGGUGACGAAGGAACUCGAGGAUUCCCGGGAGCUCCAGGACCUAUCGGACUUCAGGGCCUGCCUGGACCAUCGGGUGAGAAGGGAGAGACUGGAGACGUUGGGCCAUUGGGUCCUCCUGGACCUCCGGGACCCCGCGGACCUGCUGGACCCAACGGAGCCGACGGACCUCAAGGUCCUCCUGGUGGUUUGGGUAAUCCUGGACCUCUUGGAGAGAAGGGAGAGCCUGGUGAGGCGGGAGCACCUGGAGUUGUUGGAGAACCAGGAAAGAAGGGUCUUCGUGGAGAACGCGGAGAGAAGGGAGAAGCUGGACAACCUGGAACUGCUGGACCUGCUGGAGGACGAGGACGACCUGGAGAUGAUGGACCCAAAGGAAACCCAGGCCCAGUUGGUUCCCCUGGAGAUCCUGGUGCUCCUGGUGAGGUUGGACCCAGAGGUCAAGAUGGCGCCAAAGGAGAGAGAGGAGAGGACGGUGAAGCAGGAGAGUCGGGUUCUCCAGGACCUCCCGGUGAGAACGGACCACCUGGUCCUCCAGGAAAAAGGGGACCUGCUGGGACCAGAGGACCGGAGGGCCGACAAGGAGAGAAGGGAACCAAAGGGGAUCCAGGUGCCGUCGGGCCCCCAGGGAAGACCGGCCCCGUUGGUCCUCAGGGUCAGCCGGGAAAACCGGGAACAGAAGGUCUCAGAGGACUUCCAGGAUCAGUGGGAGAGCAAGGAUCUCCAGGAUCUGCUGGACAGACGGGCCCACCUGGACCUAUCGGACCUCCCGGUCUACCUGGCCUGCGUGGAGAUCCUGGUGCAAAGGGUGAGAAGGGUCACCAGGGUCUCAUCGGUCUGAUCGGACCUUCAGGAGAGCAGGGAGAGAAAGGAGACCGGGGCAUGCCUGGGCCUCAUGGAUCCACCGGACCUAAAGGAGAACCUGGCAUGGCUGGAGGUACUGGACCUCUGGGUCCUGCUGGUCCUCCUGGGCUUCCUGGUCCGCAAGGUGUCAAAGGAGCAAAGGGCUCCAGUGGAGGAGCAGGUCCAAAGGGAGAGAAGGGUGUGCAAGGACCUCCUGGGCCACCUGGUCCCCCAGGCGAGGCCAUUCAGCCUCUGCCCAUUCUGAGGAGUCCCAAGACUAAACGCUCCAUCGAUGCCAGCCAGCUGCUGCCUGAGUUCGACCCCGACGCGCCAGCCUCCGACACCGCUGGUACGGAGUUCCUGAUGGGCAGUGAAGGCAUGGAGGAGAUCUUCGGAUCCCUGAACUCGCUAAGGCAGGAGAUCGAGACGAUGCGUUUCCCUCUGGGGACUCAGGACAGUCCGGCUCGCACCUGCCAGGACCUGCAGCUCAGCCAGCCGGACCUCCAGGAUGGUGAGAGGAUCACAUGCUGCUUAUUCGGGUUGUUUUCGGUUUCCUUUAGAGUAAAAGCCACCAACACAAACACCACCAGAGCUUCUGUAACUUCUCACCUUUCUGCAGGAGAGUACUGGAUUGACCCAAACCAAGGCUGCUCCAGAGACUCCUUCAAGGUCUUCUGUAAUUUCACUAAAGGAGAGACGUGCCUGUACCCCAGAGACGUUGACACGGUGAAGAUGAGCUCCUGGGACAAGGAGACUCCAGGGUCGUGGUACAGUCAGUUCACCACUGGUAGCAAGUUCUCCUACGUGGAUUUGAACGGCGAGCCCGUGGGCGUGGUCCAGCUGGGCUUCCUGCGCCUCCUGAGCGUACAGGCCCGUCAGAACCUUACCUACCACUGCCACCGCUCCGUGGCCUGGGCCGACCGAAGCGCCAAGAACAACCACAAGAGGGCGCUGCACUUCAGAGGCGCCAACGAGGAAGAGCUGAGCUACGAGACCAGCCCUUACAUCAAAGCCUUGGUGGAUGGCUGCUCCUACCGGAAAGGCUUCGACAGGACGGUCCUGGAGAUCAACACGCCUCAGGUGGAGCACCUCCCUCUGCUGGACAUCAAGGUGUCAGACUUUGGGGAGAGCAACCAGCAGUUUGGGUUUGAAGUUGGACCUGUCUGUUUCCAAGGCUGAACACUCUCUCUCUCUCACACACACACACACACACACACACACACACACACACGAUAAACAUACAGGCCCAGUAAUUUGUAAAUUAACUUGUAAAUGAUAUAAAAACACACACACACACUCGCCUACGUGCCUCUGGAGCCCUCCCAGCAAAACAUGGACCAAAGAGAGGAAACAUCGACUGGGAGGAAAAUAAACAGGAAGAACGACGUUCCUGGGAAUCAAACAAAGUGUUCUUCAACGGGCCUGGACCCAGGCUUACUCCUCCCUGCUGACACCUUCAUCCACUUCCUGCUCCACCUCCCCUCCUCUUUAAGAAAAGGUCCACGAUCAGACGUUACCCUACUUCUGUAAUUCCCACAUGCAGCAACAGGACCAACAGUUUCACACCCGAAUCUAUUCUUCUAAAGCCAGAUUUGUCCUAAUCUAAGCAUCGGUUACGUCACAUCCUGUCACUUCUAAUAAAGCAAGCAGGGAACGGACCACAUGCCACCAGCAGGCUCUGAUCGGAAUCGUCUUUCUGCUCUAAAAGCUUUAUUAUCUAACAUUGUGCCUCAGAGCUCAAACGGAUCAUUAGAAUAUAUAUAUGUGGUGCUUUUUAAAGGUUAGUGAGACCAGAGAGACGGUGAAGCGAGACUAAAGCCAUCACGUACCUGAGUGGCCUCCAGACACCACUUCAGUAUUCCGGUGCUGAUCCAGACCCGGUGUUUUCUGUUCCUGCAGCAGAGAAUAAAAAUGCACACGUUACUGAGUGAAACUGUGGAAAGGUGCUAAUUCUAUAAAAUAAAGUCCUCCAUUUUAGUCUCUUCUAGGGAAAUGUGCAUUACAUUUGUACAGAAAUAGUGAUAUUCUAUUGUAUUUAUUUAAAACCAACUGGGUGCUUUGAGAUUAAAAUAAGAACCGAGGAUUAUUUCUAGCAGACGUGACUUUCAGUUGUAUUUAUUUGAUGCAGCUCGACUGCACAGCUGUGAUGCUUCUGUUCACACCUCCACCAACCAAAGAAUCUGGCCGUGACUAAAACUGUAAUCCCUCCCUUAUCUAGUUUCAUCUGUACUGUGCUGUUUCCACUGCCAUGAUUAAACGGUGACUCCACUUCUCA